AGGAAAGAGAGCGCGAGCCUUGACACCGAGAUAAAGCGCUUCAUCGCCCAGAAAGCCGAUCUGCUCUUUGCCCACUCCUGGAAACCCAACGGCCCGCCCGCAGACACCAUUGAGGAAGAUGAAGAGUGUUACGCGGUCAUGCCCCCCCUGGAACGGUUCAUGGAUGUGCCCAGGGAAGAAAGGAGAGAAUACUUCUUCCGAGACAUCGAGCGUGGUGAUAUCGUGAUUGGGAAGAUCACGUCUAUUCGUGAAUUUGGCUUUUUCAUGGUGUUGAUUUGUCUGGGAAGUGGUGUCAUCCGGGAGAUUGCAGAUAUAGAAAUCACUGCUCUUUGUCCUUUGAGAGAUGUGCCUCCUCAAAGCAACCAUGGAGAUCCUUUAUCUUACUAUCAAACUGGAGACCUGAUUCGAGCUGCGGUCAAGGAUGUUGAUCGUUACCACGAGAAGCUCACGGUGUCGCUUUACAGCUCGGCACUUUCACCCAGUCUUUCCAGUACAAAGCUGGGUGUCAUCACUUCCGAUGACUUCCCGUUACAUUACAGGCGAAGUAUGGAAGUUGCUAAUACAGCAGAGACAUUUGAAGAGGUUUUGCGUCGUUCCCCAGGAUUCGCUAAUCCGUCAUUAGUUGAAUAUUUAGCGGAGAAACUAGGACUAAGUGAAUCAAAUCCACCGUCUUUGUUGAGAAGUCUUCAAAUGAAAAAUUUCGAUGAAGAAGAUUUUGCCCCUGCAUUGAGGAAAAAGCAAUCCGCGUCUUGGGCCUUGAAAUGCGUGAAGGCUGGGGUUGAUUAUUUUAAAGUCGGGCGCCACGUGGAAGCCAUGAACGAGUACAACAAGGCUUUGGAAAUUGAUCCACAAAAUGUUGAAGCUUUAGUAGCACGUGGAGCUCUGUACGCAACAAAAGGAAGUCUGAACAAAGCCAUAGGUGAUUUUGAAAUUGCUUUAGAAAACUGUCCUACCCACAGAAAUGCAAGAAAAUACCUCUGUCAGACACUCGUGGAAAGAGGCGGGCAGUUGGAAGAGGAGGACAAACUACAAAAUGCUGAGAAUUACUAUAAAAAAGCCUUAAGUUUGGAUGAGACUUUUCAGGAAGCAGAAGAGGCUUUAACAAAACUCCGUAAGCAUAUGCAGAAAUCUUUGGAAAUGAGGGAGAAACAAGCUGCCAAAGAAGAGAGACAGAAAGAAAAGAAAGUAGAAACAAGUGCAGAAAAAUUGCGUAAGCUUUUAAAAGAAGAAAAAAGGUUGAAGAAGAAAAGGAAAGUAUCGCCUUCCUCCUCUUCCUCCUCCUCCUCCUCCUCCUCAUCAUCAUCAUCAUCAUCGUCGAGUGAUUCUUCAUCAGAUGUAUCAAUUUCUUCUUCCUCUUCCUCUGAUCACAAGAAACGUAGGAAAAAGCGUCGGAAUAGGUCUGAGUCUGCCCGCAGCUCCAAAAAAAGCUCAUCUAGAGCCUCUUCCCAUUAUAAAGAUCAGACUAGGAAAGAGGAGUGGUAUUCGCCUCCGGCUGAUACCUCUGCUUCUUUUCUUAACCAAACUUUUGAAGUGGAAAAACUGCUGGAAAGGCAGGACAGCUUAGUGUGUCCAAAAACAGAGGUAAAAGAGAAAGACAGACACUGUUCUUUUUCGAGGACUUCAGGUGAUGAUGAAGACUCUUUUGGAGGUAGGUCUGAAGAUUCAAGAGAUUCUUACAGUAGCUCCAGAACUCUACCAAGUAGUAGCAAAACUGAAAAGUAUGGGAAACCAGACAGAUUUUUCUCUAGUUGGAGGGGUUCUUCGGGUUCAUAUCACAAGUCAGACGAUAAACCCAGGAUGCAUUAUUUUAGGAGAGUAGAAAGGGAUGUAGAGGGGCGAAGAGAGCAGUUUAAAAAACAUGGCCCAGGUCAAGACAGGUAUUACACGUCUCCAGCAAGGUCUGACUAUUCUGGUAAGUCCAUGGGAAAAUACAGACCGUAUUCUAGCACCUGCUUACGUGAGGGGGAUAGAAGUUAUGAUAGCGAUAGGCAUGUGUUAAGUCAGCAUAAAAAUGAAAGCGAGUAUAAGAGUAGGAAAAGAAGUUAUGAGGACACUAAUAAAACAAAGGAACCAGACGAGGAAAUGUCAUUAAAUGAUACAGCAGAAACAGAAAGUGGCAAUAAAAGAAACCUGCCCGAGAACUUAGUUAACAUAUUCAAUCAAAUAGCUGAGUUUGAGAGAGAAAAAGGAAGUAAACAAAAGAAACAGUCAAGUAUUUAA